AUGGUGCAAGUUUAUGUUAACGACAUUAUCUUUGGUGCAACAAAUGAUUCCUUAUAUGAGGAGUUUGCCAAGCUUAUGGAAAGCGAGUUUGAGAUGAGCAUGAUAGGGGAACUGAACUUCUUCCUAGGUCUGCAAGUUAAGCAAACUCCUAAGGGAGCGAUGAUAAGUCAGCAAAAAUAUAUUAAAGAUCUUCUGAAGAGAUUUGAGAUGGAAAGUUCAAAAGGCAUUGAUACUCCUAUUUCAACUGCCACUCGUUUGGACAUGGAUGAAUCGGGUUCCCUUAUGAAUGAAAUAAUGUAUAGAGGUAUCAUUGGUUCACUCUUGUAUCUUACAUCCAACAGACCUGAUAUUGUGUUCAGUGUGGGAUUAUGUGCUAGAUUCCAAUCAAGUUCAAAGGAAUCCCAUCUGAAAGCUGCAAACAGAAUUCUGAGAAAGAGCGCAUCUGGGAUGGCACAUUUUCUGGGAUCAUGUUUGAUUUCAUGGGGUACAAAGAAACAAAACUAUGUGGCUCUUUCUACUGCAGAAGAUGAAUAUGUGGCAGUUGCUUCCUGUUGUGCUCAACUGUUGUAG